AUGCCCAUUGGUACGAGAGAAAAGAUCUGUUUCCUCGGCAAGAAGGCGAUCUUUCCUUUCCGUCAAGCUACUCUGCAAAAACUAGAGAAUAUCGUCGGCAAGCUACAGGCUAAUGUAGACAUGGCCAUCAUGGCUCUGCAACUUGAGGUCUCUUGCAAAAUAUCGGAGCAGACAUCAAAUAUUGUUACAACAUCGGCUAUUACGACGGCUGGCAUAGACUUCAUUGCAAAGGAACUUCAGAAUUUGAAUGCGAGUUUCACGCAUAUUGAUGCCGUUCUCCCAACAUUGAAAAAUCUCAUGGAUAGACAUGUUCAACAUGAUAUUAGAUCUAGAACAUUGAAUCAUUACAUGGUUCAAGAACUUUCAAAUGUCAGAAUGUCGCUGCAAGAAGGGCCGAAAAUCUUCGAACAAGCAACGUCGCGAGCAUUGGAUUCGAACCAAAAACAACUAGCGCCGACUGUGGAUGAUAAUUCUUCGAAUGCGUUAGUUCCUGAGAGUGACGAGCCAGCAUCCAAAACAUUGAUACGCAAAGCUGCAAAAAGCAAAUGCCCCUGUCAAUCACAGGCUCUUUUGGAAGGAAAACAUAGCUACUGGUCUUUUUCGGCGAAAUCUUUGCAGAUUCUACGAUUAGGAACAAAUUCUGGUUGUCGCAGGCCUGAUUGCCCAUCAAGAUUCCAUUUUCAAAGGAAAAAUACUUGGGAACUCACAUAUUCCCAUUGCAGCCAGUUGUUUUCAGGAAUUCUUCGCGCGAGGCUAUGUAUCAUCUCCACAGCAGGGUCUCUACUCUCAAUUUCUCCGAAUAUUACCUUUCGUAGGAUAGUAUCUUCAAAGUCACCAGUCUUCAAAUUAAUGGACGACAUUCGAGGAAGGGCAUACAAGGUAGAUUCUAUUGGAGUUUCUUUGGAUAUGGAUAAUAUCACAAUUCAAAUCGGGAAAAGGCUUGCGAGCGGCCAGGCUUCGUUAAACGACGUCAAUAGACGUGGUGAAUCUAUUCUUCAUAUGGCUUGUUUAAUCGCUAAAGAUCUGGAACUUACAAAUGCUGAAGUGUUUCAAUCUUACAAACGUUUCCUGAGAUUUCUUGCAGCAAAUACCCCAUAUACUAUGGUAAAUGACACAAAUACCAACGGAGAACGCCCCCUGGAGAUUCUUUUUGGCUCCAAGGUUCUUGGGUACUAUCAUCCAGAGGUACCUGGUCUAUGUUUAGAAUUGAUAGAUAGCAUGGGAUUGGAGCUGUCUGAUUCUUGGUUAGAGAAUCAGUUAAUCGUUUCAGGUUGUUUUCACUGUGGAGCUCUUAGUUCUGCUAUUUUGCAGAGAUCAGAAGACAGAAUGCUACAAAUUCUAGCCAACUUCCCGGAUAGUGCAUAUGAGCGGAACACCAUGGGUCAGACUCCACUACAUCUAUCUUCUGAUUGGCCAAUUGGAAUAUCUCAUCUUUUGCGUAUAGACGGUCAAAGUUUGGUCAACAAGCAAGACUGCAUGGGAUAUUUUCCUGUCGCUUAUGCUUUGUACUCGAAGUGUUUGCCAGCUGUCCAGUUACUCCUCAAUGCCGACAGCCCGCUACAUUCUUUCCGCGCAGAUACGAUCAGCGAUACAUUGAAAGAUGUUGUAUUUUUUCGUGCCGAGGACGUUUUCCUUGACGCAUCGCGCUCGAGCUCAAAAGACAUUAUAAAUUGCAUGAUAAAUUCUCUCGUUGAUCACAGAAACCGACUCGGCCAAUUAGCCUUUCAGAGCUUGCCAACCUCAAAAACGGAUAGACUUGCAAUCUCAGGUGAUCAAGUAUUGGAUCUUCAUGCAAGCUCUACCUGCGCUCUUCUGAAGGUAUUUGGAGUUGAUAUACCUCCAGCUUUACAGAUCCCCAAGGAAUACGAGUCGAUAUAUCAUUUACUAUUCGUGUACGAUAUAUAUCUACGAGAAUAUGCAAUACCAAGAGCUGAGAUAGUAGAAAUGUUUUACGAUGCUGGAUUUUGUGAGAUAGAAGAGUACCAUUGUUUCGAUUCCAAGAGAACUUUGUUGAUGUUGAGAUGGACUGAUCACGAUACGUCUCCAAGUGAGAUGAUGGACAAGUUCAAAUUGCUUUGGUGGCUGAUCCAGAAAGGAGCCGAUCUUCAUCGCGCAAACAGAAUAUUGCAAGGAGACCGAUGGAGUCCAUGGAGUCCAGCCACCCACUUCAUUGUUGCAAGUCUUCUUAUCAAGGAUCUUUGGGUUAUCACAAUGGAAGAAAUAAAUCUACAGCCAAAUGGUGGCCCUGAAAAUUUAUCUUCUCAGCCCGAGGUCAGAAACGUCAUGUUUAAAGUUCUAACAACUUCGACAGCUGAUCUAUGUAUAUGCGCAUGUUCAAAAUCGGCAUGUACAGCACUCACCAUAUUACUCAAGCAAACUAUCUUGGAGCUUGAUGAAGGGGAAAUCGUAAGUGUAUUUACUGAUUUGAGCGAAGAAGGAUUUUCUCUUGAUUCGACUUACUGGAUAAUGCGUGCUUCCAUUAUGUUUCUGCUCCAAUUCAUAGGUACCGAUAACGAUAGCUGGAAAAUACUGGCCCCUGAAAUAAUUCGCUUUGCAAUUUUCACGAUAUUAGAACUUACGCAUACCUGCUGUGUUUAUCACCCCUAUUCCGAGGGUUCACCUCCUCAUCACUUCACCCCUUUCGAUAUUGGAGACCAUCAGGAUAUUCAAGAGGAAGAAUCUUCACAAAUUGAGGAACUAGAACUACUAGUUCAAGAUUUUGAAAGCAAGUACAUUGAGCUUGCCCAGCCAAUUCUAGAGUUUUUCGACGGAUACUGGCGCUCUCGCAUGCUGGAUUACGAUAUCAUUAAUACGAAGCCAUAUACUCAAGAUGAACUGGAGAAGAUUCGAGAACUUGGUGUUAGAUUUUGA